AUGACAUACAUUAAACUAUUGUUGUGUUUAUUUGUGGGUUCUGUUCAUUCAUGGACAUUGGAUUAUCUUGCAGCUAAACAAGUUCCAUCGCCACAUUUUAAUCGUGGUCGCAGCGGUCAAGCUAUUACAUGUCUCGUACUUCAUGGCACUGCUGGCGGAGGUACAGUUUCAUGGUUUCAAAAUCCAACAAGCAAAGUAUCAGCUCAUUAUGUUGUUGAACAAGAUGGAUCAGUCGUUCAAAUGGUUAGCGAAGAUGAUACUGCAUGGCAUAAUGGUGUGGUAACAACAAAUUCGGUAUUUUAUGGUCGUCCAAAUCCAAAUUUAUGGUGUAUUGGAAUUGAAUUUAGUCGUAAUAUUCAAAAUAAUAAUAUUAUGCCUGAAGUACAAAUUGCAUCAGGUGUCCGAUUGGUUGCUGAUAUUAAACGUCGUUACAAGGGCAUUAAUAUAUAUACACAUGAUCAGUUUAAUGUAGGACGUACAUGUCCAGGACCAAGUUUUCCACUUGCUCGAUUUCAAAAUGCUUAA